GUUCAAGAACCACGCUGGGGCUCAAAGGUGGAGACAGAGGGUGGGUGAAUUCCUGGAGGGGGGGGGGUCGGUUGGUGUUGGAAGGAGCUGCAAACGUUCAUAUUAGUGCUCAUGAUUCAGGUUUGAAGGACGCUUUGAGAGUUUGUUUUCAUGUGGAAGUAGUUUUGUUGGAUUUGGACUGUGAUGUGUCACCACUGAGGAAGAGGCUAUUCAGGAAAUUCACCUGACCUCCGAAAAACAGCAUCACAUCUGGACAAAGUUUCCUUGAAGGUCCCUCGUGAUGGAUGAGCAGGAGAAUCCUUUGGAAAGAGACCACUGUCUGUCCGUGGUUCUGCCAGGGGGGCUGGAGAAGAACACCACAGUGCAUGGAAGUAAACCCGUGAUGGACUUACUGGUGACCCUCUGUGCAAGCUACCACCUGAAUCCAUCCGACUACACCGUCGAGGUUCUUUCGCCCAACAGGAACAACAUUGGCUUCAAACCAAACUCUCCUAUUGGCUCACUAGAAGCGGAGAAGAUCGUGCUGAAGCCCAGAAGUGUGGAGGAAAAGAUAAGGAGGCCGUACAUGCCUGAGGCGUCUGUACGUCUGUUGAUAAACUACAAUAAGUCCCAUAAGACCGUGGUGCGAGUGAAUCCCAGAGUGCCCCUUGAGAUGCUGCUGCCGGUGGUGUGUGACAAGUGUGAGUUUAACUCUGAAACAACCAUCUUAUUGAGAGACUCUCAUUCCAAAGAGCCGCUGGACCUGACCAAGACUUUAAAUGAACAUGGCCUGAGGGAGCUUUUCGCCAAAGACACAGCUGAGGUUCAAGACCAACCCAAGACACCUGAACCAGCUGUCACGCCAACAGAGGUCAUCUCGCCACCUCCUCUACAAGACCUGCCAAAGAGGGUGAAGAAACAGAAGGAGAACACAGGAUUCCUCAGCUUAUUCAGACGAGGGAAGAAAAAACCUGAAACGGAAGUGGCAGGGAGUCUUCCGGCUUCACCUGGCCUCAACAAACAAGUGAACGGGCAGGAUGUUUCCACUUGGAAAACCCCUCCAGCAGAUAUGCCCAAGAAGAGACGAGCCCCUCAGCCGCCCAUGAGCGUGUCACAGAGCGUGCCUAGCAACCUCAGUACCUGUCAUCUGAGAGGAACGCCGAGAUCUGCUGAAUCCACCUUAAGGAGUACCAAGCGGAGGGCCCCACCUCCUCCCAGUGCAAACACCAACCAGGAGGUGCAGGUGGACACUGAGGUUAAAGGGACUCCAGCCUCCCUGAACACUGUGGAGGAGCUGAGAGAAAGCGACGAGUCAGACUCACUCUCCUCAUCUUCAUCACCACAUCCAUCACAGCCGCGGUCAUCCUCAUCCUCCUCACGUCCAUCGUUGGCUCAUCUCUGCGAAGCGGCUGAUCCGUAUCUGCCUUCGUUCCGAGGGAAAGACUUAUCUGACGCCCGCUGCGCUCUUGCCAAAGUCAUGACGUCCUCCGUUUCCAAACGAGUGCUGGUCAAGCGUUUGAGGAAUUCCACCACCUUCCCGAAAUUUUGUAAUGGCUCCACCUUUAUGUCCACGAGGGGUUCAGAUAAUGGGGUUUUCUGGGCAGAGCCAGUUCUAACAGCCAACCUUCCUACCGAGCCUGAGUGGGAGGAUCCUGUACAGAGGAGAGGAAUGACCACUUUCAAAGUGGUUCCCUCAAUGAAAGAAAACUGCCACGAUCCAGAACGCACCCUGGGUGUUCCAGAUCAGAUAACAGUAGAGUGUGAAGCUUCUCCACAAGCUGGCAGAAAUCAAACCGAGGCCAAGGAGGAUCCACGUUCUCCGGACAGAUCAGAGACUGAAACACCUCCGCAGAGUCCAGAACCCUCUUCUCAGGAGACUCGCACUGCAUCUCUUUCAACUCCACUUGAUUUAGACACCCAGGAUUGUCCAGGCUCGCCUCUUGCUGAAGUUAAGGACAGUCUUGAAAAGGAAAAGGGUGAACCUGAAGUCACAUCCGAGGUGAUACCAACAGCACCGUCAGAUUGCAGUGAUGGAGAACUUGGGUCUCUCCCACCUCCACUUGAUUUAGAUAUCCAGGAUUGUCCAGGAUCACCUCCCUCAGAGGUCGGUGGCACUAUAGGAAAGCCGAAGGAAGAGGAUGAACCGGAGAUCACAUCUGAGGUGAUACCAACAGCACCAUCGGACUGUAGUGAUGGAGAACUUGCAUCUCUACCAGCUCCACUUGAUCUGGACUACCAGGAUUGUCCAGGAUCACCUCCCUCUGAGGUGGAGGAUAUAUUUGAAAAACCGAAGGAGGAGGAUGAACCUGAAGUCGCAUCUAAGGUGAUACCAGCAGCACCGUCAGACUGCAAUGAUGGAGAACUUCUCAGUGAUGUUCAGAUCAACUCAGAGGAUCAGAGUGAAUUUCCCCAAAGCCCUAGUAGACAGUCUGUAAGUCCAGAUAUGGACCAUUGUGGUUCAUGCACUGAGGAGAGGGAAGUUGAGGAGGAAGAGUUGCAAGAAGAAGAUGAAGACGAAGACAGCUUCCCUCCCCCUCCUCCACCUGUCUUCUUUGAAGACAUAGAAGUCAUUGAAGAGGGUAGAGAAGUCACUACUACUGAGAAGUCUGCCGCUGCACCAAACGCUCUGGACAGGAUGAUGGCAGCCCCAUCCAAAUUUGCACAAGCGGUAGCAUUGGCCGUGCAAAGGUCUCGCUUCCAGCGUGGUGGUAAAGUUGUAGGCCCUCAGGACCCAAAGGGCCCGGACGAUGCACUUCCCUCACCACCCAGGUCCAUAUACCAGUACGGUGCCUGACCGGCUUCCUCAAACACGCUUUGAAUGGAAGUCCUUGUUUAGGGUGAGGAUUCAGAGCCGGCUGAGGACACCAGAUUCACUUUGCGACCUCCGGAUAACUUAAACAAAAGACUUCUGGUUUCUAUAAUCAUUUUUUUUGUUUGUUUCUUUGUCUCAUUGUACGUUGGACUUUAUGUUCACAGGUUGAACAUAAACAUUUUCUGUUGUUGAGUAAGCCAAAUGUACAGGACACGAGCUGUUGAACUGACAAUGUCCUGUUUUUUCUUCAUGUGCCAAGGCGGACAGAACGCUGACGUGAGAGCUUUUGUUUGUUUGUGUAAAACUAAAGAAAAUCUACUCUCAGUACUAUCCUUGUUUGUGCUUGAUUUUGUUCUCUCCCUCAGGGUGUAUAUUUUUUUUCUGAUUUUUAAGACAUGAAGAAUGCAGUAAAACUCAUGAAAUCCUGCAAGACUGUUUUGCGUUUUAGUCAGCAGGUGGCAGAAGAGCAUUGUAUCUAAAAUGAACAUCCUGACUGUGAGGUCUUUUUUUUUUUUUUCCAUCAUGUGAGAGCUGUGAACGCAUCACAAGAGAAUAAAUAUCUGUAAAUAUUGUUUUCUAAUUAGCCAGAAGCAACUAAUGAACUUUGAUGACAUUGUUUUUGAUAUUCAAUUAUAUUUAAAUGUUUGUCUGAAGGCUGUCUUUGUCUGAGAAUCCACCUCCCCUUUUUCAAGGACUUUCCCAGAACAAAAACCUACAUGCAAUAUUUAACGGAAUAUGAGAAUUUCCAGCAACAAAAUGGAGGAAAAAAAAAAAAUCCUUGUUGGAAGCUUCAGUUUCAUGCCAAGCAUCUCAACACCUUCCUGAAUAAACUCAGUCCACUUUGCUCACAUGCACACACUGUUAUGUCUUUAACGGAGCCAUACCUCAGGGCAAUACUGCAUAGCUAUACUUGGGUGCCAAAAGAAUCCGCACUACUAUACGUAUUGAUCCAGCCCUGGCCUUGGAGGAACAGCAAGGAGCUAUGCGAGGUAGAGACCCAGCCAGAACCGCCUGUGGCUAAAGCUCCACGUUUGCCAGGCCUGGACU